AUGAAAGAAGUAGGUUUUGGAGGUGGCGGCAGCAGCAGCUUUGGGGGUAGCAGUUUUGGAGGUGGUGGCGGUGGCUUUGGACGUAGUAGCUUUGGAGGCGGCGGCAGCGGUUUUGGAGGUGGCAGUAGCAGCUUUGGAGGCGGCAGUGGCGUCUUUGGAGGCAGCUCCAACUUCAGUAGUGGCUCCAGCUUUGGUGGUUCCAACUUUGGAGGCUCCAACUCCUUCAGGGGGAAAGGAUAUGGUGGAGGUAGUGGAGGUUUUAGAGGGGGUGGAUUUAGAGGAAGCUCUGGAGGAGACUACAGAGGGUCUGGAAGAGGAGGUUUCAGAGGAUGUGGGGAUACCAGCGGGGGAGUAUGCGGGGAAACUAUGGAGGUGGCUUAUUUGGGCAAGGAAGAGGAGGCUAUUGAAAUUUGGUUAUGUCAGCAUUUACUUGCAGACAGUUCUAAAAAAAUAUGCAUGUUCUGUAUUCCCAAGAAAUUUGUUUGCCACCAGGAAGUAAAUCCUUGUCUACCCAUUCCAUGGUUCAUUUUAGUUUAA